AUGACAGACGAGCCGAGGACUGCAACUGUGUGUUGUUUGUGUGCCCUCUAUGAUCCAGACUACAGUGACUACUAUAACUAUAAAGAUACCAAUUUUGGAUCACCAUGCAAUGAUGGCAGUGCAAAGGCCUUCGGUGGGGUUGUCUUGGCCAUCCUGUACAGCACAGUUUUCUUUGUUGGUUUGCUGGGAAAUGCUGUGGUCCUGUGUGUGCUGAUCAGACACCGUCACAGAUGCAGUCUGACAGACGUGUGUCUCCUCAGUCUGGUCGUGUCUGACCUGCUCUUUCUCGCCUCACUCCCUGUUUGGGCUCACAGUGCUGUGCACGAAUGGGUUCUUGGCUCAUUCAUGUGUCACAUCAUAACCACUCUCUUCAUGAUGGGUCUGUACAGCAGCGUCUUCUUCAUGGUCCUCAUGACACUGGAUCGCUACAUCAUCAUUGUCUACAAACACAGCAUCUGUUCCAGAAAAUGGCCUGCAAAAAUGGCUCUGAGUUUAUUUGUAUGGAUGCUCAGCCUGUUUGCGUCCCUCCCUGAUAUUGUUUUUGCCAAAGUGAAAGUGGACACGAGCACCAAAGCAUCCUGCGGAUCUGAAUUUCCUGAAGGUGCAGCCUGGAUGUCGUUUACGUACCUGAACGUCCUGAGCUUGAUUCUGCCUCUGAUCAUCAUGAGCUUCUGCUUUUGCCGGAUCCUCCGCAGUAAAUCAGAAGAAAAGCACAGCAUCGUCACACUCCUCCUGGCUGUGCUGGCCGUUUGUUUCCUCUUCUGGACUCCAUACAACAUUGUCACAUUCCUCAUGUUCCUGCAGACGAAGGGCUUCAUGCUUUCUUGUGAGUGGUCUAAUAAUCUGAGUCUUGCUAAGCAGUGGGUGGAAGCGAUCACAUUAAGCCACUGCUGCCUCAAUCCCAUCAUCUACAGCUGUGUGGGACAGAAGUUUAGAAGAGCAGUGCUCACAGUCCUGAAGGAGCCACUUUCAUCCAGCUUCAGCUCUCCACAGUCACCUGAGAGCACAUCUUCUAUCCUAUUUUAUUAACAAAAUUAUCAAAUUCAACCAUACUAAGCAAAAAUAACACAUUUGUGUUUUAUUUUAGUUAUUGUUGAAUAGUGUUGAACUUUCUUCUCCUGCCUCAUAUUCUUCAUGUGAUUCGUUCUCUACUGUACAGACGUGAAUUUCCUUUUUUUC